AUGGAAACAGAUGGUUUCAAACCCGAUAUUGUAGCAUAUAACACUGUCAUUGAUUGUCUUUGUAAGUGUGGGUUGUUAAAGGAGGCUCUCCAUCUCUUCUCCGAGGUGAAGGUUAAGGGCAAUAGACCAAAUAUCAUUACUUACAAUUGCUUAAUUCUUGCUAUGUUUAAUUCGGGCCAGCAGAAGGAGGCAACAAAGCUUUUGAAUGAAAUGAAGGGUAACAAUAUUUCACUUAAUAUUGUCGCAUAUAAUAUAUUGGUUGAUGCGUUUUGCAAGGAGGGGCUUAUUUUUGAAGCUGUAGAUACUGUUCACACAAUGAGAAAGCAAGGGCUUAAGCCUAAUGUUGUCACUUAUACUAUAUUGGUUGAUGCGUAUUGCAAAAAGGGAAUGAUAUUUGAAGCUAAAGAUAUUGUUGAUAAAAUGAGAAAGCAAGGCAUUGAGCCUGAUGUUGUCACGUAUGGUAUAUUGGUUGAUGGCUUGUGCAAAGCUGGCCACAUCGAAGUUGCAAAGGAAAUAUUUCGUGAACUCUCAGUCAAUGGUUUAAAACCCGAUGUUUACACAUAUACUGUAAUUAUUAAUGGAUUCUAUACAGUGGGAUUGCCAGAUGAAGCAUGCCAAUUGUUUAGGAGCAUGGAAGAUAAUGGUUGCUCGCCUAAUAGCUGCUGUUAUAAUGUAAUGAUCCAAGGGCUUCUUCGAAACAGCUAUACAUCAAAGGCAACAGAAGUUCUUACAGAAAUGGUCAGUGAGGGUUUUCUGCAAAUUUAUGCGCUGCCACCUUAUUUCUUGACCUCAUAUUACGAUAUGAUAUACAGUGGGUGGAAAUGCAAUUUUCAGUAUAUUGAUCAGUUUACUCCUGAAUGUUCCAACCUCUGUUGGUGCAGCUUCAUAUCAUCAGAGUUAGAUAAGCAAGUGCUUCAUAUUAGCUGUUGA